AUGAAUCCGAGUGUCUCACAUUCGCCCGAGUACUAUGCUCCGAAAAAACCCAAGCCCAGUAUCUGGUCUCUCUAUAAUAGUCUCCAAAGAGACAAAGAGUUUCUUGACGACACAGUGAACAACAUGGACUCAUUUCUCACUUUCGCGGGUCUCUUCUCGGCUAUUGUUGUCGCAUUCAUCCUUGAAACUUACAGACUUUUACUGCCCGAUCAAAGCGGUCUGAUCAAACAGCUCUUCACUUCCCAAGGAUCAAAAAUUGGGCUGUCACCAGAAUCCCGACAAGGAGGAACCAAUAAGCUAUCGCAACAUGCAGUUUGCAUCAACGGCCUCUUUUUCGCCAGCCUUUCUGCUACGCUUUCAAGUGCACUCUUCACAAUGCUGCUCAAACUGUGGAUCUUUCAAUCAUAUCAAGCUCUUGAGCGUUUGUCGUCUCCGCGUAUUCGGGCACGUACUCGGCAGCAAAUUUACAACACGAUUCGGAAAUGGGGAGUUACAUAUCGCAUCGCAAUUUUGUCCUCCCUUCUUCAGAUCUCCCUCUGGCUGUUCUUGAUCGGCCUGGUCUACCUCCUCUUCUUCAUCAACACUCGCGUCGCUGGCACUGUUCUCGCUUUCCUGAUUACCAAUGGCGUGUUCUGUGUCAUCUAUCUGGAGAACACAGUAUUGGUGGACGUGAAAAUUUAUGCACCUAUCACACAGUUUUUCCAGAAUCUAUUUCGGGGUAUGAAGCGAAGAAUCCGCUCGCGUGAUAAAGCAGGAGACGCAGGGGAUGAGGAAACAGCAGGAGGUGAAGCAGUGGAUAAGUCAGCAGAUGACAGUCUUCAACGUGACAAGAUACUUGCGCUGAAACAGGACCGGUACGAUACAUUGGACGUAGAAAUUGUUGUUUCAGCAAUGGAAGAGGCGGAUCGGUUGAUGGAAAUGGGUACCAUUCUUCAGUGCUUUGAACAUCUCAUGGAAUUCGAUCUUGUCGCACAGGAGAGACCAUCAGCCUUCUUCCAACGGUCGAUACUUCGCAAUCUUCCUCAAGCGCUGGAGGUUGGUAUUGUGAACCGCCCACGGUGGGAUAAUGGUCAAUUUGAGGAUGCUAUCAUGCUUUGUCGAUUCCUCGACUGGUAUCUUUCCUUGCGGCGUACUGCACAGGAAGAGAAGAGGCUACGACAUCACCUCACAUGCCCGCAGUCAAUACUACCAGCCACGUUAUGCAGGUUUGGCAUUAAGAAGGGGGACGUCAAGGCAAUGCUGUACGGCCAGAUUGCCGCCUGCCGACUACAUCACCUUCUGCAAUCGGAUUCAGUGUCUGAAAAGUUUUGUUUGGAAGCGGCAGUGGCAAUUUUCAAGCAAAUCAACAAGGCACCCGUGGCACUUUGGAUUCCUGACCCUAUCUUCUUUAAGCUGGUGGAUCGUUAUCUGUCAGCCCUUACAGACUGCAUGUCUCGACAUCUACAUCAUUUGACGGGUAAUCGGGCCCAGGAGCUCUUUGCGGAGACAGUCGAGCAAGGAGUGGCCCUGAUCGAGAAUAUUCGGCAUCCAAAAUAUUAUCACAAACUUUUGGAGCGCCUCAGGCGACAAAAUUACCCCGCUCUCUAUCUCAUUCACGACGAUGUGAUUUAUGCAGAGCGAUUCAACCACGGAAUCUAUCCAAACGAUGAAUUAGACUGGAAUGUUGAUAUAUGGGAUGCGUAUAACGCCCGUAGUGAGAUUGAAGACGCAGACUUUCUGGACGAAACGCUGAGUAGCAUGGACGUGCUCCUCGUCUUCGCAGGUCUUCUUUCCGCCAUACUCACGGCAUUCAUCAUCGAAACAUACAAAAUUUUGCAGCCAGACCGAAGUGGAGUAUCAUCACCUAACGAGUUCACUCCACCCCAAUAUGCCGUGCGCGUGAAUGCAUUCUUCUUUGCUAGCCUCUUCACAGCAUUACUCAGCGCGCUUGCUGCAAUGUUGCUCAAGCAGUGGAUUUCGUACUACACCCAGGGCCUCAAGCGCAUCUCCUCAAAGCAGAUUCGCGCACGUACUCGACAGUUUCGAUACGAAGCCAUUCGAAGAUGGAAGCUCAGAGGGCUCGUCAUGCUCGUGCCCAGCAUUCUUCACCUUUCCCUCUUCCUAUUCUUCCUUGGUCUCGUCGACCUCCUCUUCUUUAUCAACAAGAAGGUUUUUGGCAUUGCUACCGCACUCGUCAUUUGCACCGGGGUCUUUUACAUGUUCACCAAUCUGGCGCCUCUGGUGUCGGAAAGCGCACCCUUUCAUUCACCCCUUGCAGAAGGACUCAGAGGUGUAGCAGGGCAAGUAAAGCGAUUGAAUAUAUAUUCACCGCACGAACUUGCAGUAGCAAAGGAUGUGGAAAAAGCCGGAGAUGAGACAGUCGAGAAUCCGGCGGAUCUUAUUUUUCGACAUGGUGAACCACAGGCAUUGAUGAUUCGACGGACACCAACGCUGGACGUUGACGUGGUAGUCCAGCUUAUGGAAGGCGCAGACAAAACGACGGAGGAGUACCUUAUUGACCACUGCUUCGAGAAGCUCAUGACCUUCAAAUUCAUGGCAAGGGAGAACCCAUCUACAUUUUUCCGGCCAUCUAUUCCUCGCAUUUUUCACCAAAUGUCUGGCACAUGUCUGACAAAGGACCGCCAGAAACUGCUACAAUCGCGAGUACAGCAUGCCACUCUACUUUGUCGAUUUCUCGACUGGUACUUGACUCUACGGCGUACCACUGCACAGGAGGAGUGGUUACGCCAUCUUUUCUCAGAGAUAGCAUUGCCACAGCUGUUGCAUGAUCACUGCGUUGCAAACCAGGAUAUCGUUGGCAUGCUACGAGGUCAGACGGCUCAUUGUCGACUACAGCAUCUUCUGGAGCCAGGUGGUGGUUCCUGUUCGGCCUGUUUGUCGCAGACAUCCGUCAUGUUUCAAUAUUUUGAGAACGUGCCGGACAAAAUCUUCGAUGAUGCUUCAUUCAACGCUGCCGACGAUGCAUCAUUGCUAGACGCAAUAAAUCGAUAUCUAUUGUGUCUCACUGAAUGCAUAGCCCAUUCUACACAAUUAGGCAAGGUAGAUCGGGCGGGUCCCGAGCUUGUGGACACCACCCGGAUGGCAAAGAAAAUCAUCUCGAAAACUGGUGCAAACCCGACAUUCUAUCGCGCCAUUUCUACCCACCUCUCGAGGCAGAAUUAUGUAAAUAAUCCACUCGCUGAGAUGUGGAAGACGGCUCUUCUCGAUGCAAUCAAGAAAAGUGUUCGCCUCGACAUUUUCUCGCCUGACGGCGAGCGCCUUACAUUCCGUGAACAUCCUCGGGUGAUUCAUAUACCUCCGAGUGUGCAGAGUGUGCCAUUCCAGAUUCGUCAGCCUCGAGAUUGGCAGAAAGCAGACAACUACGUUGAUGCGGAAAUUAUUCGCCGAAACAAUCACAUAUUGUCGUCCAACGACCCAUGA